GAGACCAAGGUCGUGGAAACUGAUCAAAACGUAUUCAGUUUGAAUGUGCUUUACUUCCGGCGUGGUCCAGUUGUGAAGGACUAAGAUUUAUUGGCAUAAAAUGUACGCCGUACGAGAAGAAAAAGUAAUUUCCGGUGGCUUGGAAUUCACUAAAAGAACUGAGGUGAUCGGAACAAAUGAGGGAUUCGUGGCGCUUGAGACAAGAACUUUAGAAACACAGCAGCCACAGCAGCCAGGACCCACCUUUCUUCCAAUAACAGCCGGUCCUCCGGUGAUAAUCGUUGAAUCUCCGCCAGAGCCUAAACCCUGCUGUGACUAUGGCUGCUGUGAGUGUGAUGAUAACUUUAAAUGGAACAGUUUCGCUGGCAAAGGAGCUGGUGUUAUUAUUCUACUAAUACUGAUGUACUUCUUUGGUUUCGUCGUCUGCGUUGCUUUUAUUGUUAUUAUUAUUGCUUUGGCUAUAGUUUGGUUCURUUUCUGCAAAAACGACUGAAUCGCUAACAACAGCAGAAUCAGAAUCUUUUUCACUUUUUUUAUUCUCACUUUUUUUAAAUAAGAUUUACAACAUUUGUUAAUGAAAAUAAUUUACUUAAAUAAACUCACUUAUUUCUACAUAUAGUUUUAGUAAGCAACAGCAGAAUAACAACAUAAUCGGAAACAAAUUUAAAAUCAGUAUAUUUUUCGCUUUUUUAAGUAUAGUUUACAACAUGAGCUAAUGAAAAAUAACAUUCUUAAAUAAACUCAGUUAUUUCUAUAUAAAGUUUAAGUGUAAGGUAUUGCCUUAAGACUAGGUAAACUUGAAAGUUAUAUCGAGUUUGUCUUUAGUGGUGGAGUUUAUCUUGUUGUUUUAAAGAAAAUGAAAGAGAGAAAAUAGAAAACAUAUUGUAAAAUUAAGAAAUCAUGUCCCAGCAAAGAUUAGAUUUAAGACCAUUGUCUCAAUGAGACAUAGUAACUGAUACACGACUCUCUUUCUACAUUUGAAAGUUAUCGAGUUAGCCUUAAGUGGGGGAGCUUAUCUUUGUGUUUUAAAGAAAAUGAGAGAAAGAAAAGAGAAAAAAAUUGUGAAAGUAAUAAGAAAUUUCAUGUCCCCAAAGCACUUUUUUAGAAUUAAGACAAUUGUUUCAAUGAAACAUAGUAACUGAUACACAACUCUCUUUCUGGACUGAAAGUUUUGGAUUUUCAUUCUGCUUUCUUUUCAAUUUUAUUGUGAUUUUCAAACACAUGGGUUGCUUCGCCCAGUUUCGCUUGACCAAGAUGAUACAGUGAACUGCAAAGUAGACUUCAAAUACCUAUUGAUACAAGUUGAUAUAGAUGUAGGAGUAUUGAUAGAGGCUGAAGGAAUUAUCAUUGUCUAUUUUUUAGAAUAAAAGCUAAUCUUUUUAUACAACAUCUGAGUAAGCGAAUGUUUGAUCAAGUCCUUGGUCGUACGCACUGCUGUUAUUAAACACUUUUAAAACUUU